AUGGCACUCGAAGAUUCUGCUGGCGUCUGCGUCGUCUCCCGCCGCACGGUCCAGCCGUCGCGGAGCGGCGAGGCCACGAGCGCGCUGGAGCUCAAGGGCGAGACGGUGCACCUGACGCCGUUGGACCUCCAGAUGCUCACCGUGGACUACAUCCAGAAGGGCGUCCUCCUGCCCAAUCCCCCCACCGGAGACCGCGGCGAGCUUCUCGUCGGGCGCCUCGCGUCGUCCUUCGCCCGCGCGUUGGGACGCUUCUACCCUUUCGCCGGCCGCCUCGCCGUCGACGAGCGGCAGGAGGAGGGCACCGUCGCCGUCUCCCUGCGCUGCACCGGCGAGGGCGCCGAGUUCGUCCACGCGGUGGCGCCCGGCGUCACCGUGGCCGACGUCGCCGCGUCGACGUACGUCCCUCGCGUGGUCUGGUCCUUCUUCCCGCUCGACGGGCUCGUCGGCGCGGACGCCGCUGCGGGAUCCCGCCCCGUCCUCGCCGCGCAGGUCACCGAGCUCGCCGACGGCGUCUUCGUCGCCAUGUCGCUCAGCCACGGCGUCGCCGACGGGACCGCGUUCUGGCACCUCUUCAACACCUGGUCCGAGAUGAGCCGGACCGGCGCCGACGCAGAGAUCUCCACGCCGCCGCCGGUGCUCCAGCGGUGGUUCCCGGACGCCUGCCCUGUUCCGGUCCCUCUGCCCUUCGCCAAGCUGGACGACAUCGUCCGGCGGUUCGAGUGCCCACCGGUCCAGGAGUGCUUCUUCCACUUCUCCGCGGAGCGCAUCAAGAACCUGAAGGCAAGAGCGAACGCCGAGGCGGCCGGCUCCGCUCCCAUCUCAUCGCUCCAGUCCUUGCUCGCGCACGUGUGGCGCGCGGUGUCCCGCGCCCGGCGCCUCUCGCCGGCGGAUGAGACGACGUACACCGUGCUCGUCGGGUGCCGCGGCCGCGUCAAGCACGUCCCGCAUGCCUACGCGGGCAACGCCGUGGUGCGCGCCACGGCGAGGGCCACGGCCGGCGAGAUCACGCACAACGGGCUGGGCUGGACGGCGCGACUGCUGAACCGCGCCGUCGCGUCCCUCGACGAGGCGGCGAUGGUGGGGUCGCUGUCGUCGUGGCACCUGGACCCGCGGUUCGCGUACCUGGCGGGGUUCUGGAACCCGGCGAUGGUGGUGACCGGGAACUCGCCGCGGUUCGACGCGUACGGCAACGACUUCGGGUGGGGCGCGCCGGUGGCCGUGCGGAGCGGCGGCGCGAACAAGGUCGACGGUAGGGUGACCGUGUACGAGGGACGCGAUGGCCGCGGGAGCAUGGGGCUGGAGGUGUGCCUCGCGCCGGAGGCGCUCGCGCGGCUUGUUGCUGACGAUGAGUUCGUCUGUCAAGAUUGACUCGAUU